AUGAUCGAGCCCGCUCGGCGCCGCUCUGUCGAGCUGCCAAACGAGGUCCUUUACAAGAUCAUACUCUUCACCCUCGGUCACAACGGCAGUGUCAUCCAUGGACAGUACUACGAUAUCUUGGCAAAGAGUGCUCUCUUUGAGCAACUCGCCAAUUUCCUUUGCGUCUCGUCGAAAUUCCGUGAUCUCACAAUGUCGGUCUUCUAUGGACUACACAAGUUCAAGUUUCCCAUCGACUUCGAGCCGCGCAGGAGCCUUGUGAACAAACAUGGAAACACCCGUAAUCCACUUCUCCCACCGAUCUGGGCUCUAAGCUCCCUCCGACGCAUCACUCUCGAGAUUGCUAUCACGGACUCGCGCCUUGAGCUGCCUCAUCCUACACGCCGCGGCUUCCUUAAUCGUGACACCCAUGAGCCUCGCGAAGUCAUAUGGUUCAGAUCCAUCAAAAACCUCUACCGAUACUGCCCCGGUGCACGCGUACUCCGCCUUCUCACCGACCAUAUGAAGGAUCUGACUGUCCUUGACAUCCACAUUCUCGAAAACUUCAGGCACAAGGACAAGCAGGAGGCAAUUGAUCUAUAUCGCGCUGCUGGAUUCAAGAUCCGUGCCGAUGAGGUCAACGUGCGCAUCACCAAUCUUUUCACGCCCGAUUUUCCUCAGAAGCCAUGGUACCCUGACUUGGUCAAUGCCCUUAACAUUGAGAAGAGGGUGAUUGCCACUAAUGGUGGUGACUGUCACUGA